AUGGAGCACUCACCAAAUAUAAAAUUGCUAAUUGAAAGAUUGAAUUUACCAAAAGAGCAAAAAAAAAUACUCGAAAAUCCACCAGAAAUAGUAAAGAUGACGAUUGACCAUUUGGUUUCUUUUUCAAAUAAACCAAGAAAAAAACCACCAAGGAUACAAAAUGCGUGGUCAAUAUUCCUAAAAAACUUUGGUGAAUAUCUGAGGAAAACCUUUCCGGAUGAAACGUUUCCUAUAGAAAAAAUUUCACGUAUGGCUGCCGGUAUAUGGAAUAAUUUAGAAGACACUGAUUUAACGAAAAUUUAUUUUAGAAUUUUGGCGAAAAUAGCCGAAGAAAAUCGGAAAUUUAUUUUCUUCGAAAAUAAUAAUAAUAAUAUUCAAACAAUUUCAUGCGAGAAGAAAUGGAAAUGGAAAGCAAUUGUUAAUAAUGAAAACUUUACUACAUCGUCGUCAUCCUUUCCUUCACCUAUUGAGAAUGAUAAUAUCAACACUGAUGAAAUGGCAACAUUUAUUCCACGACCAAAUGUCAUUGGAGGUUAUAAUGGACAUUUUUAUUAUGGUGCAGGAUUACCAAUCAUUACAAGUUACCCAAAUGAGUUUUGCGAAGAAAAUCAAGUUGAUAAUAUUCGUCAUUAUUAUGCUGAUAAUAGAUUCAAAUUAUACGAUACACUCGACUUUUAA